AUGCCCGCAGUCACCAUGAACAAUGUCCAAUUCUACCGACCACCAAAUCUCCUGAAUCCCCAUAAACCACAGAACCCGAGCCUUGCUACAAUCCCCACACCUCCCAAUCCCCCAGCACAGAGACCCUUUCCCACCGCCGACAUUUCCUCUUCCCUAUCCCACCCCUCACAACAGCUCGGACACUCUUUCCCCCGUCGCCUGUCUCCAUCUGCUCCAUCUCCCAUCUUUCAUGCAAGUCAACACUCCCAGUCGCCCGACAAUCCACAAAAUGAUUUUGACAGGAUUCUGGAGCAGAUCUCGUCGGAUGACGGGACUCAACCGCUUGACAGGAGCCGGAGAAAUAUCACCAACCAUGCCGCAGUCCCCUGCAGAUCGGAUCUUCGUGAUUCUUCCAGUGGCUGCCGUGAUAUACCAGUAAAGGCGGAUAUAGCUGCGGAAAGCGUCCCUGAAUUUGGGCUUCACACAUGCCAGGCAGGUGAAAGUAGAGAUGACUCGAUGGUGAUUAGCCACGAUGAUGAGCAGAGAGGCGAGUCUGCAGAUACGCCGACUUAUCCAUCAAUGCUGUUUGUCCGCGAGACGUCCACGAAUCGAGGUGGCGAGCUGGAUGGGAUGGCUAGGGUUAGCAGAGCCUCGCUGGCAUUACGAGAAGUUUCAGAAACCCCUCUCAUUACCGCAGACGAAGUGACCACUUCCGCUGGACCCCACACCGGUGUCUCUCCACGCCCACGGAGUCGACCCCUAAUCCCGGUUGACCACGUCGGUGCGGCUCGGAAGAGGUGGCGGGUCAAAAAGGUACUGGAUUCCCGGAUCCGCAUGCGAGGGGGCAAGGCAACUCUGGAGUACCGUGUUGCAUGGAUGCCUACAUGGCAACCGCGGAGUGAUAUGAUCCCGGGCUGCGAGGAGUUGGUCAAAGAAUUCCACAUGGAGUGGAAGGACAAACGGCCUUCGCCGACCGCUCUGGCGGGUCACAGGCAUUUCAGCCAGAAAACGGGAUCACGCAGGGGCGGUGGACGCGGAAUCGCGAAGUCAAUUGGUUAG